CGGGGGAGGAGCCGGGCUGGGGGGCCUCGGUCCAUCCCCCAAGCUCUGCCCCUGCUUCAUGCACACCCAGUCCUGGCCUCCUCCUGCCCCCACAAUCAGCCCAAAGGGGCCUCAGCUUUUCAACCCCGUCAAGGCUUUCUAGUCCUUUAAAUCCUACAGGCAAACUUUUGGGGGAUAAAGGAAGCUGGGAGGGGCCUAUGGCUUAACCCUCUCAUCCCAAGACAAGGAACAGAUCAACUAGGCUUACUGGGCGGUGACUCUGCGCUCUGCUUGGAUGUCUACCAUGGCCCCCGAGAGGGGCUGACGAGUCUAUCCCGGUGCAGGUGAGAUCCCGCCCGAAGGAAGAAGGAAGGAGAGGGCCUGGGACUAGGCAGGAGGCCGAGGCCAGGCUGGGAGGGGCCGCAGCUUGAGCUCAGCUCAGUCAGGACCGCGAGAUGCCGGUGCUGAAGCAGGUGGGUCCUGCACAGCCCAAGAAGCGACUGGAGCGUGGGGCACUGUCCAUCUCCGCACCACUCGGAGACUUCAGGCACACGCUGCACGUGGGACGCAGCGGCGACGCCUUCGGGGACACCUCGUUUCUGAGCCGCCACGGGGGCGGCCCACCCCCCGAGCCCAGCGCACCACCCGCCCAGGCCCCGCGUUCGGCCCCUCCGCCUGCAGUUCCUCAGCCCCCGACGCCUGGUCUCUGUGUGCCUGCACCUGCCGACCCGCUGCUGUCCUUCCACCUGGACCUGGGCCCCUCCAUGCUGGACGCAGUCCUGGGCGUCAUGGACGCGGAACGCGCAGAGGCUAAGGCUGCCAAGCCCCAUGGGGACGCCCACCCUGGGACGCAGCACUCCAGGGCCCGCUGCUGCCCCAGUGCUGACCUCCAGCUGGACAAGGUCAUUGGCCUGUAGUGUCCUGAUUCCCACAACCCUCCCGCCCAGCACCCCACUUUUGUACACAUAAAUGGCCGAGGUUUGCGCCCUG